GAAAAGCAGGAUGAGCAUUUACAAUUUUACCAUGGAAACAACCGAUUUUACUUUGAAUUACGGGUAUGACUAUGCAAACUACACGGCUGAUAACCUGACGGACCUGGAGGAGCAUUUUGUACACCCCAUUUGGUCUGGAGAGCUUCUGUGCCUGUUGCUGCUGGUUGUGAAUGUGAUCAUCAUCAUGCUGGGGAUUGUGGGAAAUGGUGUGGUGAUCAUGUCCCCUCUACGGCUCCGUAGGGGGAUCGCAGGUUUUAAGAUGAAGAAAACUGUCAACACCACCUGGUACCUCAGCCUGGCUAUUUCUGACUUCAUAUUUUGUGCCACCUUGCCCUUCAACACCUUUUACAUAGCUACCUCUAACUGGACCUUCGGACUUUUCUUGUGCAGGUUCACCUCCUUCGUGAUGUUCCUCAACAUGUUCAGCAGCAUCUUUCUUCUCGUCAUCAUCAGUGUGGAUCGCUGCAUGGUGGUCAUGUUCCCUGUCUGGGCACAGAACCAGCAUACAAAAAGGAAGGCUUCAUUGAUAGUCCUUCUUGCAUGGGUUUUAUCAGUGUCCUUGAGUAUGCUGUCCACCAUUUUCCAUGACGUUCAGGAACAUCUAGGCAGAACCCAGUGCCAUAAUAAUUACCCUAACCAGCACAUUCACAAAUCUAUAGGCAUCUGCUGGUUUAUUUUUGGAUUCCUUAUACCUUUCCUGGCCAUCAUUGUCUGCUAUUCAGUCAUUAUCUUCAAGCUGAGAAGCAACCAGAUGACAAAGUCUACAAAGCCAGUCAAAAUCAUGACAGCUCUCAUCGGGACUUUCUUUAUCUGCUGGCUGCCAUACCACACGUUUGUGCUGGCUGAACUGAACCACAGCUUCUCCAACAUCAUCAUGUUCGUGUUCAAGAUUGGAACCUCGGUCGCUUCAGCAAACAGCUUCCUCAACCCAAUUCUCUACGUCUUCAUGGGUAAUGAUUUCAGGCAGAAGUUUAAGAACUCCAUCCUGUCUAAGAUCGAGAAUGCCAUAGGAGAGGAAGGACGCACCAUGAGCCGCUACUUAUCCCGUUCCAGUUCUAUGGAUGCUAGAGCAUCAACUCACAUCUGAUUUGACCUGGAACUAUAAAACUGAUUGAAAGUCAGAUCCUGAUUCAUUUGUACAUACCGUAUUUCAAUAAAUAGGUCAUGUUCCGGGGGGAAAUAUAUUCUCUGAAUAAUCCUUUCGUCUCAAAGUGAUUCAGUUGUCACAAACCGCUUUACACAAAUCCAUAUGUAGAUUUAAAUCCCGAGUUAACAAGCCAUAGGGCAAUUAAAAUUUCCCUGAGACGACGUGAGGCGUCUUUCCCUGAGAUGGUAACCCAUCCUCCUCUGAGUGACACACCGGAUAAAAGGAUUAUGAAGUGUAGCUGGUUGGAUUUGCACAAGUAUUAUGACACAAAGGCCUGGAAAUCAGCAGGAUUUGUUUACC